AUGGCUAGGGCUGCAACCAACAUAAGCGGCCUGUUUGAAGACGACUUUGAGGAGUGCACUGCAACCCUGCCAUCCUUUGGAGAGUGCGAACCUGCCUCCAGACGUACGAUCACUGUUGAAGCGCGUCACCUAAUUCUCCCAAGCGCAGAAGCUACGCAAGCAGGGCACCCCAUAUUUGCACACCUUCAAGCAGAAGAAAGUGUCCUCCAUCAGAUAGCAUCAAGCAACCAUCGUGUUCACUUCUCUGAGGAUGUGGACUACACGAUCCCGUCUAGGCGUAGUGUCCUUGACGAGCGCUCAUCAAAUAUGCAUGGAUGGAAGGGUGUGUCUAGAAAAGGCCCGGCUUAUGACUACGAUUCGGAGGCAAUUAGCCUCGUCAAUAGUGUGUCUUCCGUCACUACACGAAGAUCCACCCGUACAUUGGCGUCUCACUUAUACCCAUCCUCGGCUGUGGCUCCUAUUGAUCACGGUAGCACCUCUUAUCCAUGCGCUACGGCACCUACCUCAACAACGAAAAGCACCAAGAACACUUUGGAUAAGCAUAGAGCAAGAACACCUUCUUCCAGAGCCAACAAUGUAGUAUUCCAUAAAGUGCCACUGCCUACAAUCAAGUCUAGUCUCCCUAAAAGGUCCUACAUCAAAACCAAAAGAACUACUGGAAAGUCACCCUUUGAGUUGAUCUUUCUGAUAUCCUACCCCAUGGUUCUGGGUUACCUCUCGGUCUCUCUUUAUAUCCUGUUUGAUUACGAGGUGGUCAUAGACACCUCUGGAUUAGCGAAUCUCACCGGUCUGGUUUACUUUACCCCGUUAGAGCAAAUCUUGAUUACCCAGCUCUACCUAGCUUUUGGCUCUUCUGCCGGCACCAUCAUGGAAAAAUACUAUUCACAGUUUAAAGACAAUCAAAAAGAUACGCAAUCACGGAUUAUGAGCGAACGGGUCGUUGCUUACUAUUUCCUCUUUGGACUGAUACUGUCCCUGGUCAUCUCAGUUACUAUGGUUCUGUUUAUUGACAAGCUUGUGAGAAUCUUCGCGGCCAAUCCAGCAAAUCACUAUAACUACGUUGCUUCUACGCUGGAAUAUGCAUACCCCAUUCUCUUCUUUGGCCCAUUCAUCUACUUCAUAAGUUCGGGCUUGGUCCCUGUCCUGCGAACAAUGAGCUUAGGCGCAUACUGCCUUGUUCGCCAGCUAAUUGGGGGAGCAGUCUUUCUCGUAACAACAGCAAUACUGAUGAUAGCAUUAAAGCUUGCCAAUAGCGGGGCUGCGUGGGGGAUACUGGUUGGAGAGCUAUGCACGGGUCUUUUCUUCCUAUUCAAUUUCCUGGAGCCGCUUCACUUACGAGCUAAAAUGCUCGAGACGCGCCUCCAGUUGGCCUUCAAAGGCUGCCGUUUCUCGAAGAAGACAACCACCACUUCUUCUCUUGUGACGGUAUCGACCAGUGAAACACAAAAGACGACGCGUAAAUCCGGUCUAAAAUCAAGGGGUGCACGAUCACACGCAGAAGCCGUUCCUCGUAUAUAUCUAAAGGCGCAGCGAUACGGUGACUUCGACUGCUCUCUCUUUUGCAAGUUCUUAACACGUGGGCUGACUAACUAUUUAGGCUACUUGACCCCACCCCUCACUGCUCUGAUAGGCAUCAUCCAGCACUACAAAUACGGCGGCAAGAAUGCACAUCAACGCCAAAUCGCUACCGGACUGGCUUCGCGUUACCUGGGAACAUAUCAGUCGCCACUAACUGGCCUAAUUGCUGGAAUAACAACUGUGGUAGAUUAUUACUGGAGCAGAAAGAAGUACCUGAACUUCAAGAAGGCCUUUUACACCGGAACGCUAGCGAUGCUUCUCUUCUGCGUAUGCUACACUAUUGUAUUUGAAAGCCUGCUCCCGUACUUCGUUCAGUCGUAUGAGCUGGAUAGCUCUUACCAGAAGAACAUUGUCAAAAAUGGACGGAUUGUGUUUAGUUUUAUUACGUUCCAAACACCUUUUUAUAUGGCCGUCAUACUAGCCCAGAUCCUCAAGCAAGAUAGGAUAUCAAUCUUUUUAACAGCGUUGCGACUUGCCAUUGGCACUGCGUGGAAUAUCAUUUACCCCUUGGCUACUAACUCUACCGACUACAUGAUACAUGGAAUCGCCAUAGCAGAUAUCCUCGGCGGGCUUAGCGGGAUGGUGUAUCUGCUUGUCAAGUUCAACUAUAUUCGGGGAAUAAUACGUGAGGAGCAGCUCAAGCACAAAACAGAGACAAUCAUGCACAGGUGUGCUAGCAUAACGCAGUUAGAAAAGCCUCCUGAAUCCAUAUAUGUCUCUCUUCUUGAGAAAGUAGACGCCACCACCUAUGAAAUCAAGAAAGACAGCUGCCUGGGUGAGUCUACUGAGAUCGGUUAUCUGGAAGAAGACAUUCCAGCGACAAAGACGUCCCCUUCAACGAUGUCCUGUCUGUCACGUAUGCAAAGCGUCCAGUAUCUCUCUCAAGCUGAAGAGCAAAGCAUAUCCAUUGCACAUAAAAUCACCGCAAUUCCAACUCGGUAUACUAGCGCGUUAAGCAUCAUAGACACCGCGCCCACUCAAGACAAAUCGAGGAAGCACCGCAAACUAAGCCUGUGA